GCUUCUGCUUACCAUGGUACUAUUGCCGAGCUGCAUCUCGGACAGCGCACAUCAGCUCUGCCUUUACCCUGGUCAUAUACAAUAUGUACGUGAGCUGGACUGGCCAGGUUCAGGGUUCAAGGCCACGGCCUCAUCCCAAUUGUCUCUCCAGUCUUCUGGACGCGGCCCUCCGUCCGUCCACACGUAUUACACAGCCGACACUUUGCUUCUUUCUUCCUCCCUCCCUCCAUCAAAGCAAGCACAAAAGUCAACGCAUCCGUGCAUACGGCACCCGCUCCCUACGUCGCAAUUACGUCGAUUGCUUUUGUGAGCUGGCUGUCAUCUCGUGGCUGGGCGCACGUUCAGCCCAACCCGCGAGCGCCAUGUCACCCUUUCUUUUUCCACAUCCGUCUCCGAUGGUCUCCGUAGGGAAGGCCUCUCCGCCGGAGGACCGCGUCAGUCGCAUCCGGAUCCCUCUUCCACCGUCCUUGGAUCCAUGGGAAAUCUUCCCGGACCUGACCUCGCGGACAACAUCCAAUAAGCCUCGUCAGUGCGCUGGCGAGGGAUCACCGUGCCCAUCCAUGCUCGUCCCUUCUCUUGGGACCUUGGUUUCCCUCUCGUCCACUCUCACAAGUAAGUACCUGGUCCGAGCCUUUUGUUUGCGAGACCCCCAAACGGCGAAAUGCCCGGCUCCCUCUCAACCCUGGUUCCCUCUGAAUCACGGGGAAAUUUGCGCUCCUUUAGCCUUCCACUCGCCAGGGAGCGCGUGCCCCAGUCGCUUCGGCUACCCUGGUUUAGGUCUCCUUGCGAUUACCCCGUGUCCCUCUGUUUGGUCAAUCUUGUAUGUUCUGCUUUGCAGAUGGCUCGCUGGACUAAUUAUGGCUUUGCCAUUCCAAAAGAGUGAAUUCUCGUAGCCUCUAACAAUUAGUUUCGAUGGCCAUCCCGAGACACUGGCCUUUGCCCUCU